AUUACCUUUUACAGUAUUAGAGCGCGGCGAAACAAAUUAGUUUUCCUCCGAUCUUUUGUAGCGUUUGUGGUAACCUGUGCCUAUACCUGACAACGUUGUGGGGUAGUUCUGGUGCAUAUUUGGCGUUUUAACAUAUCGAGUAAGAUGGAUGUGGUGCCUCCGUUGACCCUCCUAGUAACUACUGCAUUCAUCUUAAGUAUCUUCUUCACCUUUCAAGCUGGUGUUGGUCCAGAUUCCGAGUAUUCAUUAGGAUUUUUUCGAAACUCAAUUUUCAACCUCUCUAACAACGUCCCGACUCCCAUAACUCCGGCCGGUUACACCUUCUCAAUCUGGGGUCUGAUAUACCCCUGGUUUGGUGCUUGGUUGAUCUACGUCAUCACAACUCUCUUCAGGACCAAUGAUAAGGGUCCUGUAUAUCUUAACCCUCCUACAACCAGUCCCGAGUUUCUCAUUGCAGUAUGGCUGAAUCUUACACUCAGUGUGACAUGGUUAUUUGCCAUCGAUAGAAGGGCCUUUUUUCUGGGCUUAGCGACCUUGUCUGGAAUGGCAACGACGCUCUACGUAGCAAUAUCCAUAGCAACGACCAGGGUUUAUCAAUAUCUCUUUGUCUUCAAGGAAUAUGGAAUAUUCGAUUUGUGGGCCAACCGUAUUUUGAUACAGAAUGGACUUGCUAUAUAUGCUACUUAUAUUACAGAAGCAACAAGAGUCCAGUUCGCCAUUAUUCUAAUAUAUACGUUUGGAAUAGACGAGGACACUACAACCUACAUUUGUUAUGCGGUCCUCGCUACCCAACUUAUCACUUAUUUCUUCCUGGACUGUUUCGUUUACGAUCGAUACUUCCGAUACAUUCUUAUCGUCUACCCGACAGUUAUGUGGAAUUUGGGCGGAAUCCUUGUCGCUAACGUUCGUGAUCCAACCAGUCCUCAAGCGGUCAUCGGAUCGACACUCUUUGCACUCGUCUUCGUCUUUUUCGUCAUCAAAACCAUCUUGGUUAUCAUUCGCGACCCCGUAUACGUCAUCGCUAAACAGAGAAAGGCUGAUAAGGCCGCUUACACGCAACUCACUUAGUUAUAACAUGUUUCGUGAUCUGAAGAUAUUAUUUUAGAUACUAACAGAGCUUAAUUGCUCUAAACUCCGACAUAGUAAAAAUAAUUAAAUAAUGCUCUGAGUAAUGAUAUAAUCUAUAAUAUUUUGCCUUUUCAUGUCUGUGUCUUUUUUAAUCAAUGGCAUUACACAUAAUAUUAAUUUUUUGUCGGGAUUAUAAUUUCGUAAUUCAUUUGGUCAAUUUAGAGAACACUAAGUUUAAAAAAAAAAGGAAAUUAUUUUUAUUCACGUAGUGUAUAUUAUUCGUUGUCUUUUGUGUUGUUUUUGUUGAUUGUGGUGGUGGUGAUGAUAAUGAUGAUGAUAAUGAUUAUCAUGCGACAGCGAUGAUGAUGAGGAGGAGAAGGAGGCGGGGAAUGAUGAGGAUUAGAGUAAUGGUAAUGAUGGUGGCAACGAUGUUAAUGUCUUUUCUACUGCUGUUGAUGACGAUGAUUUUGUAGUUGAUCAUGAUGAUGGUGAUGGUGAUGAUGGUGAUGAUGAUGAUGAUGAUGAUAGUGAUGAUGACUAUUUUGAUAUUUUCCUGCCGUUGAUGAUACCAACAAUAUUGUUCUUGUUGAUGAUGAUGAUAAUGACGACGACGAUGAUUAGUCUGUAAGCACAGACUUUUUUCUCACAAUUCACAUAGUUUACAAUGCAGAGUCUGAUGUAGUGAGACUAGAUUCAUUAUGUAUUGUGGCUGCAUCUACCAAAUUACAGACAGAGUCUGGAACGUAGUUUUACCUGUAGGAAGGUAUAAUUUUUUUAAGAGUCAAAUUUUGAUCUGUGCUUGCAGACAACAUGAUGGUGGUGAUUAUGGUGAUGAUGAUGAUGACGACGACGAUGGUGAUGAUCCUGCAUGUAGAUCUAACAUCUUUGUUUUAUCUGUCAAGAAGAAAUAGCACAGCCCAUAAACAAAUAAAUAUUCAAUGCAUCAGUGCGGUAAGAUAAUAAUUGUUUUUAAUACAUUUUUCUAUGCAUAUUUUACACCAGUUUUCUUUCAGCAAAAUGAGGAAAUAAAGAAUACAUAUGUUUUGUCAGAUAAAAUUUAUCAAUAACACAUAUAAAUACAACAGUGGUGGUCAAGUUAAA